ACCCUUACAUAGCAACUAAUGGAAAUGAAUUUGCGUACAUGGAGGCUGAAUGCCCGAAGUAUGAAAAUCAGUUUCUCUGUGACGAAAGUUCUCGUAAAAAACUCCGCACCCAAUUCGAUUGCGUACAGGAAGUAAUUUCAAGACAGACCAUCGACUCGACAUGCACCUUCUCAACCAUUCAUCUAUUAAAAGAAGCCAUGGAGCAACUUGACGAUCGCAACUAUGUCAUCACCUUCCCCAAGCCAACCAAAGUUCAGUUGAGCUGCAACACUCAGACUUACAAUAUGUUAAACGGAAGCUUUCUAAUUACACUGCCAAUCCACUGCUCCCUGCGUACACCCGAGCUCACCAUAGUAAAUUCCGACGACAUCAUACAGGGACAACCACUUAAGAUUAUGAAAAUAAAUUACCCGGAUGGAAUGGACAACACAGCAUCACCUCAUCUUAACUUGAGUUCUAUCAACUUGAGAAGUUUACACACCAUUCAAGACAAGAUUAUGUUCAAGCCUCAGUUACAAUUGCAGACGAUUCCCGAUGUACUGUACCAUACCACUAUACCGUUUUACAUUAUACUAUUCGGUGCAGCUGUACUCGCCCUCGCCGUACUGGCUCGCCGCUACUACGUUUGGAAAAACACACAACCAAAACCAUCUGAAAAGACGAUCAGCAUUCGACGAGAUAAAGCCACUGAAACCACUGGAAAUCAUAUCUAUGCGAAACCAUCUUCUCCAGCAAUUUUUUCACUGAAAGUUGGAAAAUAA